GGGUGUAAAGUUGAGAGAAAAUGGGUAAAGAGUUAAGCGAUGAACAAGUUGCAGCGAUGAAGGAAGCUUUCACGUUGUUCGAUACAAACCGUAAUGGUCUGAUCGCUCCAUCGGAGCUUGGUGUGUUGAUGCGAUCUUUGGGCGGAAACCCAACCGAAGCCCAACUAAAGGCCAUUGUGGCUGAAGAAAAGCUCAGCAGUCCGUUUGAUUUCUCACGGUUUUUGGAUCUGAUGGGAAAACAUUUGAAGGUUGAACCUUUUGAUCGUCAGCUUCGUGAUGCCUUCAAGGUGAUCGACAAGGAUAACACUGGCUUCGUCUCUGUCGCCGACCUUCGUCAUAUUCUCACCAGCAUUGGCGAGAAACUCGAACCUUCUGAGUUUGACCAAUGGAUCAAUGAGGCUAACGUCGUCUCUGAUGGUAAGAUCCGCUACGAAGAUUUCAUCACCAAAAUGGUCGUUAAGUGAGAUCAAAUUGCCAAUUUUAUUUCUUUUUCACGUAACAAAUCGUUAAUUCAGUUGUGUUCAUUUAUUUUUUUUCAUUUAGUAAUUUGCUAUUGCUAUGGUUAGUGAUUAAUAAGGUUUUUACAGUGGUUAUAAUUGUUUGUUUUUUAUAAUUCAUAACAUGAAAGGAAUUAUUUGUGUU